AUGAUUCAAAAUCGACCUCGUCGGGUUGUAGUUCAGCAGAAGCGACGUGUGCUGGGAGAGCUGGACUCAAACCACGACCUCUGUCUCUCUCGUCACGGUCCCAUCAAGCGCCGCCCCAUCGUCCUAGAGCAAGAGAACAAGCUUGCUGUUUUGACCGGAGUGCAACGUGGAAUUUACGACAUGAAUGAGGUGGUGGUAUUGACUAACUAUCAGGGCAGCUCACCCGCAGCCUCGGCCGAAGUUACCCAGGCCCCAGGUUACACGCACCAACAGCCCCAGUUUCUGUCUCCUGUCACCCCGUCUCGCCAGGAGCCACUUGCGGAAGCUGAGGAGGUCGGUAUGGAGCACUACCGAACUCAAGACCACGAGGUGGCAGUUCAAGAGGCUCGGGGCCAGUUUGAAGAGGAGCUAGAGGAUGGGCCAGAGGGAGAUUUGGACCAAGAUGAGCCGGCGCCGGAGGACGACGACCCCGACGCCUAUGGCUAUAGAGAGCCUCGCGAUGACGACACCUACUACAGCGAGGAAUACAUGGAUGAAGACGACUUUGACGACGGGCAGGAGCAGGACGGUUCCGACCAGCCUCAGGAACCCCCAUUUGACCCCACUGCUCUCGGAUUGAAGGAGAUCAACAACCUUGCGCAUUUUGGAGUCAGCAGCCACAAGCCCGGAAAUGGAGUUACCGAGCUCUUGAGCGACGAUACAGACAAGUACUGGCAAUCGGACGGCCAACAGCCUCACCUUCUCACGAUGCAUUUUGUGCGCCGUGUUGAGAUCCGUGCCAUCCGGUUCUACGUGGAUUAUAGCCAAGACGAGUCUUAUACGCCUACCAAUAUUGUCUUCUAUGCCGGGACAAGCCCUCAUGAUCUGAUUCAGUUUGCCGAGAUGCCUCUGGUGAACCCCGUGGGUUGGCAAGACGUUCCCAUCAGCGAUGCUGGCGGCGGCUAUGAUGGACACUCGUUGUGUUGCUGGGUGGUGCAGAUGCACGUCAAAGAAAACCACCAAAAUGGCAAAGACACUCACAUCCGUGGCAUCAAGAUUUACGGCCUGGAUGAGAACUUGGUGGGGGGAGCGGCGCUAGAAGACGUGCCCCGGGAACCCACCAUCAACCUUGCCUCACACCCUUCCAACCGAGCCACACUGCAAAGCUUGACCGUGGACGAGGAAAAGACUCUCCAGGAGCUUCUUGAUUCUUUUGACCAACAUCCGCCUUCUGGGGAUGGGAGCUUCUCAAACUUCCCCGACUUUAUGCGGGAGCCUGAGAUUCGCUGA